AUGGGGUUUGAUCAGAUUAUAACGCAAAUAAUUGCGAGUACUAAAUAUCUCGUACACCCACAGGCACUGGGCACUAUUCUUGAAAAUAUUCACGUCCAAGAGACCAAAGCUGUUGUUCUUCUUGAGGCAAAGAUAGUGCAAGAAAACACUGAAAGACUUAUGCAGCAACUGAAUCUCUUUGAACAGGUAGACGAUGUCUACAACAGAGAAUUCUCACGUUCAAUAGUCCUAACCGGCACUCCUGAAGAACUGAAUCAGGGUAAAUCCACCUUAGUAUCUCAGAAAUUUUCGACAGUGUACACGUCCAGCGCGCUCGACCUGCCAGCGGGCCCUUAUUUUCUUCAUGGCUCCAAUAUUCACCAAGCCUGGCGCCUAUACCCGGAUUGUCUCGACGCGUUCAUUUUUGGAGUCUUGCCGGAAAAUGUUCUCCAGCCCGAAAGGUUCAAUCCUUUCAGUUCUAUCAGUGAUGACGGGAUUUGGAAAGAAGUCGCAGUGCCUAGUCGCCUCUAUUCACGUGUCUCGCCAGAACGCCCGCUUGCAGGUAUUCGGGUCUGCUUGAAAGAUAUAUUCCACCUCAACGGAACAAAAACGACCAUGAUGAGUCGUGCAUAUACAGAACUGUACCCUCCUCAAGAGAAGACUGCCUCAUACGUUCAGAAGCUUAUUGACCAAGGAGCGAUCAUUGUUGGAAAGACAAAGAUGACUCAAUUUGCAUCCUCUGAUGAGCCUACGGAUCAGUGGGUUGAUUUCCAUUGCCCCAUAAACCCCCGUGGCGACGAAUACCAGAGCCCGUCGGGGAGCUCCUCUGGUUCAGCUGCAGCAUUAGCAGGAUACUCGUGGCUAGAUUCUUCUGUUGGUGGUGACUCUGCUGGGAGUAUUAGGGCACCUGCAACUUGCAAUGGGCUAUUUUCCAUCAGACCAUCUACUGAAUCAACGUCUAUGGAUGGUAUAGUUUUGAAUUCACCUCACUUCGAUGUUGUGGGAUUAUUCGGCCGAAGCUUGUCAGAUCUCCAUUAUAUUGCCUCUCAUACUUUGGAUCUCAACGACAACUCUACGGCAUUUCCGUCGAAGAUCAUCUAUCCACUCGACUUUUUCCCCCACAGCAACCCCCAGCACCAAGCUAUGGUGGAUGAAUUUGUUGAAAUCCUCGAGAACUUUUUGGGCACUAAGCGGGUCGAGAUUAGUAUCGCUGAGAGAUGGGAAAAGUGCCCUCCAUUGGAGGCGAACGGGAAGCCACUGAAGCAGUACCUGUCCAAGAGUGCGUUCUGGUCUAUGUGCUAUGAUUACUAUCACGGAUUUGACGACUUCCGAUCGAAGUAUGAAUCUAAAUAUGAGAAACUCCCUUUUGAAGGCCCAGUUUUGCGUUACAGAUGGGGAGUUGGCAAAGAAGUUACUCUGGAUGAGUACAAUGCAUACCGUGAAGAACUGAAAGUAUUCCAGAGAUGGUUUGACGAAAACAUCUUCUCACAAGAUCCAAACACCCUGUCUGAUGCCAUUAUGAUUAUGCCAUAUGGAUCUGCUAACCCGAAGUACCGGGAUAUCGCUAAUGAGAGCCCAUCGAGUGCUGGAACUAUUGGUGAAAAAUUCAUCUCUCCUGUCCUUGGAAUCCCUCAGCUUGUGCUACCUUUUGGACAAAUGCCCUAUCAAUCACGAAUCUCAGGAAGACUUGAACACCGACCGAUCGGGAGCACUAUCCUCGGUGCAAAGGGAAGCGAUCUAAUGCUCAUAAAGCUAGCGGAAGCUGCAUUCCGGGCAGCGUCGUGGCCUACAAGCGUGGAUGUCGGGAGAUAUAUGUUUCCUUUAGCAGACAACGUCCGUAAUGUUGCUCUCGUCGAGGAACCUUCCAAGAAGCAAGGCUUGUUGCAACUGCAGUCACUGAGUAGCAAGUUUUAA